AUGACCUUGAGAUCGCUGAGCGUACUAGGCGAUGCCGGAGCUGGUAAGAAGACUCUUGUCGGCUGCCUGAUUUAUAUGGUAUUGUUUAUUAUUUUCUUGAUCGGAAGUUGCUAUGCUAACUCUCAAUGGUGCGGGCUUGGGCUGUCACAGUUGGAGGAGCUGGAACGGAAAGGAAUUCAGUAUGGAGACAUUAUGACAUUCUUUGAGAAGAGAGGGCAGCCUCUAUGUUUCCAUGCUCCAUCGGGCCUCUUUGAAGUUGAGAAAAGUCAAACGCCUGACUUUGCUAUUUGGGUCGUUGAUGGCUCAGAUUUAUUGACCUGGGCCGCAUCAGCGACGAAAUUGGCAGCUCUAUUGUCAAGUGGUGAGCUUCUGCCACGAGAAAGAUUGGUCAUUGCGAUCAACAAAAUGGACUCGGUCAGCUGGUCCGAGAAGAUAUUCAAGGAUGCAGUUCACGUUUUCAGCGUUCUCAAUUUGAACUACCGGUAA